GUGUCCACUCUGCACGACCAACUGCGGAGACUGCGGAAACGGCUGUCCAAGGAAAUCACUAGACAAGAGUUCCUGCACGGCCAUGACCUGACCUCCAAGUCCGCAGGAAAAUGCCCCAAGCAGAUCUCUGCCAUCGGCAGGGGCACCGCCAAGGACAUGCAGUGGGCGACGGGCGCCUACAUGGUUCAGUCUGUCAACGCCAAAGAGCACCGGUCAAUCUUUAUCAUGGCCGACAGUGGACCUAGUUCGGAGCUGCGCGAGUACUACUCGUCUGCAGAGAUCGAUUACAAUUUGGUGGGCAACGACCUCUUUGACACGUAUCCCCGUCACUGUCUGGUUGUCAAAUAUCACAUGUCACUAUAUGUUUCCAGGCGCCACUUCUACUGCCACAAAACCGACACGAACCUGAUCGUCAAGUACAACCUGAAGCGGAAGGAGAUCGUCUCGGAGUUGGCUCUUCCUGGAGCCAAGUUUGGCAACUCCCAACCCUACACUUCCGGAGCAAACACGGACAUAGACUUGGCAGUCGAUGAACUCGGCCUGUGGGCAAUCUACGCCACCGACGCCAAUUUAGGCAACAUGGUCAUCGCUAAGAUCGACCACAAGAAAAUGGAGAUCGAGAGAACGUGGUCCACCACUUACCUGAAACGACAAGUCGGCAACGCUUUCAUGAUCUGCGGAACGUUGUACGCCACAAACUCUCACAGCCACUCCCCCACGUUUAUCCGCUACAUGUACAAUACUGAAACUAACAAAGACCAGAUACUGGAGGAUGGAGUGGUGCCUCUGGCGAACUCUGCUUCCCUGGGACUGGUUGGGGCUACGGGAGCACCGAUCGGUAACAAAGCUUCCAACAGUGUCAUGCUCAGUUAUGAUUUCAGAACUUCUUCACUGUACUCGUGGAAUAAUGGCCGCGUGGAGUUAUUUCCUGUGUACUUCAGGGAAAAUGCCUAG